AUGAAUGUAAUAGCUCCAGCUUUGUCACCAGCUAAUAUUCGACACUUAGAAGAUUAUAUGCCAAUUGCAAUACUUCAAGCCCCUUGUCAUUGCAAAGACCUUGGGCAAAAUUUAAAUUGCGAAGUAACAUUACAAUACAAUUAUUCAUUAACUUCAAUUCAUAUGAUGGAAAGUUUGGCGGAUUCCAAAACCUCAGUUAUAUUUCCACUAUCGCAGUUUUCCGUACUAUCCAUACCAGAAUAG